AUGCUUAAAAAGUUAGUAUCUGGGAAUGAAGAGCAACCUGCAAACAAGACUCUAUAUUGCAAGAAUUUGAAUGAUAAAAUCAACAAAAAAGAUCUAAAGAUUUUAUUGUUUGAACUUUUUAUUCAGUUCGGCAUUAUUGAAAAGAUUACAAUAAGGGGAGGAAGUCCUUAUAGAGGCCAGGCAUUCAUUUUGUUUCAAGAUUUAAAUAGUGCAAUUAAUGCAAAGAACAGUAUUAAUGGUAUGUAUAUACUAGGAAAACCAAUAAAUAUAGAAUAUGCAAAAACAAACUCAAUUUUGAAUCCUGGAUUAUCAGAAAAUAAGAGUUCAGGAUAUAUAUUGGGACCAAAAAUGCCAGAAAGCAAGUAA